AUGCCUUGUCAUAUCCAUGGCGGCGCCGCUCUGGACAAGCAACUCGUCCCCACCGCCUCCAAAGCCAAUGGCACCACCCUCGCUGUCCGCAAGCCUCCCUCCAAGGACCGCCAUAGCAAGGUCGACGGCCGCGGCCGCCGCGUCCGCAUGCCCAUCAUCUGCGCUGCCCGUGUUUUCCAGCUCACCCGCAAGCUUGGCCUAAAGUCCGACGGCCAGACUAUCGAGUGGCUCCUCCGCGAGGCUGAGCCAUCCAUCAUUGGCGCCACUGGCACCGGCACCACCCUAGCCUCCUACCACACCACCUCCCCCUCGCCCACUCUUGCUUCUGACGCCCCCGUCGAGGGCUUCUGGGUGCUCUCCGCAGGGGCUGACUUCGGCCAAUUCUGGAGCUUUGCGGCCGUGCGGGAGAUGAUGGCCGCCACCGCGGCGCCCGCCAUGCUUGGGGAGGCCUUCGCCGCCAGUGUUGGCAACUACCUCUAUUUGACUGUUUCUUCCAAUAAGUGA